UCUGACGACGGUUCCCCUUCUGUCUCUGCUACUGACGCCUGGCCUUCGAGUCGAGCGGGCCUUCAACGACGGGAGCUGGCCGGCGACGAGAUCCCUCGUCCGUGCUUCACAGCGAGGAGCCGCCGGCGGGCCGCGUGCGGUCCGCGCCGGGUGAGCGACCGACCGGUCGCCGCUCCAGGGGAGUGCCGCCGAUCUCAGCUCCGCCGCCCGCGUCUUCGUCGUCGACGGAGACGGAGGAGGCCACGCCGCGACGCCAUGUCCGUAAGCUCGUAAUCUGCUUCUUCUCCAUCUGCAUCUCGUGCCAUCUCGGAUCGUCCCCGCGGCAAUGGUGCGGCGGCCCGUCGAGUUCCUACCGCAGGAGAGUAAGGGAGAGUGAGGAGACUAAUUACGAAGCCAAGAGAGGCACAACAACACUCGGGUGUGGUUCUUGUGGGGAUUUGGAGGCUUUCUUAAGCAAUGGAGAUGAUGCUCCGGCCCCGGAGCCUUAUUUGCCCCCUGAGCGACCAAGCGCUCGUGAUCCGUCCAGCGUUUGUGGGCAACGGCCCUGCUCAGGCAUUGUUUAGGACUAGUAGAUGUGCCAGAAGCAGGCUUAUUCGAUGCCCAGUAGCAAGUUCAGAUCGUCCUAAUAGGAAAUCAAGGAGGAUGGUGUGUCCUAAGAUAAAAGUCAAUGCUUUUAGAGGCUAUGCUCAAAAAGUUACUAUUCAAUCAAGCACGAAGAAGAGCGAACACCAUGGUUGUGAUGAAGAAACUAUUGGUACAGACAACAGGCAGUUAAGUACUGACGUGGUAGAGUCAACAAGUGGCGCAGGUGCAGAAAUUGCCAAAGAGGAUCCGCUUCAUAAUGCUUCAAGGUAUCCAAUAUUUAGGGAAAUAGAAGAAGUUGGGUUGGACUUUUUUGAGGCAGAACUUCCAGGAAAUGCAUUGAUUAAUAUAUCAUUAGGCGAAUUAGAAGUAGUGGAUGAAGCUGAGGUUGAAGAGGAUAAAUUUGAGGUGGAUUUCUCAGGAAUUGCAUUGAGCAGUGCUGCAGUUUGGGAAUUGGAUUCAGAGGAUGAAGCUAACACUAAGGAAGACAUAUUUGUAGUAGAUUUGUCAAGAAUUGCAUCAGAUAGUGCUGUAGUGGGGGAAGUUGUAGAUGAAAUUGAGGCUAUACAUGAGACAUUUAAUGUGGAGUCAUCAGGCAAUGCUUCAAGCAGUGGAAUAUAUGGGUAUGUGGAUGAGGUCGGUGAACCACGGGCUGAUCAAGAAGUUACAUUUGAGAUGGAUGUAUCAAGACUGGGGGAACUGAAUGUGGUGGAUCACGCUAAGGUUGGGACCAAUAUAUUCGAGAUAGAUUUUUUAAGCAGUUCUUCAGGUAAAGCAAUAUAUAUUGCAGCGGAGUCUUCAGAAGAAAACUUAGCUAAGGGAGAGAAUGGGCAAGGGCAAUGUCCAGCACUGCCUUCAACAUCCAUGGAUGACAGUGCCAUUGAUUCACCUGAAAAUUCAAAGAGCCUACAGGAACAACACAACUUAGUUUUUGAUAUUGACAAGGAAUCAACUAUUGAUUCCUGUGUAGAAGACCAGCCAGUGGUAGAUUACCAUAAGCAAGGGGGAAAUGUUGCUUAUUUUGAUAAACAAAAGCAAUUAACUUAUGAAUUCCAUGAACAAGACCUAUCUAUUGUUCAGUUUCCUGAGCAAAACCAAGCCAUUUUUUGUUUCCAAAAACAAGAUAUUAGUUUCUUGGAGCAAAAGCAAGCAAUUGUUGGCUCCUAUAAACAAGAUCAAUCAAUUGUUAAUUCGCAUGAGCAAGAUCGAUCUGUUGAUGGUUCUCAUUGUCAAGAUGAAUCAAUUGUCGGCAUGCAUGAGCCAAUCCGAUGCAUUGUUGACUGCAAUAAAUCAGAUCAAUCUAUUGUUGGUUCUUAUAGAAGAGAUAAAUCAAUUGUUGGUGCGCCUAAGAAAAUCCAAUCCAUUGUCGGCUACUAUAAAUCAGAUGAAUCUAAUGUUGUUUCUCACAAACAGGAUGGAUCAAUUACUGGUGUGCCUAUACAAAUCCAAUCCAUUAUUGCUUACAGUACAUCAGAUCAAUCUAUUGUUGAUUUGCCCAAACAACACCAGUCAAUUGUUCAUAUCCCUGAACAAAAACAAUCCAUAGUUGGUUUCCAUAUACAAGAUUUACCAAUUGUUGGGAACUCCAAAGAUUCCCAAACAAAGCAACAUGCCAUUGUUCGGACUCAUGAUGCAUUGUUUACCGAGGAGGAAAAUUUUGAGAUGAUUGAAGAGCAGAAAAGCAUUAGAGUGGAUGAAGAACAGUGGAUUGCUACCAAGGAAAGGAUCUCCAUGAACGAGGCUGAAUUUCUUCUUCUGCUUUCUAAAAAGGAGAGUUCAUGGGCUGAAGAACAAUGUAAAGUUGAUGAGACAUCUCUGUUUGCUGAACAAGAUAUCCUGGACUUACCUCACGAUAACGUGGAUCCACAGGCACUACAGAGGACGCUUCAAGAACUUGCCCAAAAAAAUUAUUCUCUGGGAAGCAAGCUUUUUGCUUUUCCAGAGGUAUUGAAAGCUGAUUCAACUAUUGACCUCUAUUUCAAUCGUGAUUUAUCAACUUUGGCCAACGAGCCUGACAUACUCAUCAAAGGAGCAUUCAAUGGGUGGAAGUGGAGAUUUUUCACUGAAAAAUUGCACAUGAGCGAAUUGGGCGGGGACUGGUGGUGUUGCAAACUAUAUAUUCCCAAGCAGGCGUAUAGAUUAGAUUUUGUGUUCUUUAACGGCUGCACAGUAUAUGAAAAUAAUGGCAAUAACGAUUUUAUGAUACAAAUAGAAAGCACCAUGGACGAACAUUUGUUUGAGGGUUUCUUGGUUGAAGAAAAGAAAAGAGAACUUGAGAGACUUGCCAUUGAAGAAGCUGAAAGGAUGAGACAAGCUGAAGAGCAGCGGCGAAAGGCAGAAGAAAGGGCAGAAGAUGAAGCUGACAUGGCACAAUCGAAGGUUGAAGUUGAGAUGAAGAAGAAUAAAUUGCAUAAUGUAUUGGGUUUAGCCCGACCAUCAAUUGAUAAUUUGUGGUACAUAGAGCCUGUCCUAACUGGACAAGGGGCUGCUGUCAGAUUGUACUAUAACAGAAAUUCGAGGCCCCUUGUUCACAGUACGGAGAUUUGGAUGCAUGGGGGCUACAACAAUUGGAUUGAUGGACUCUCUUUUUCUGAAAGACUUGUUCAUGUUGAUUACAAAGAUGGUGACUGGUGGUAUGCAGAUGUUGUCUUACCUGAAAGAAUAUAUGUGUUGGACUGGGUUUUUGCUGAUGGGCCACCAGGUAACGCAAGGAAUUAUGACAACAAUGCAAGACAGGAUUUUCAUGCUAUCCUUCUGAAUAACAUGACUGAGGAAGAAUAUUGGGUGGAAGAAGAACAGUGGAUAUAUACAAGGCUUCAACAAGAUAGGAGAGAAAGGGAGGAGACUUUUAAAAGGAAGGCUGAGAGAAGUGCAAAACUGAAAGCUGAGAUGAAGAAAAAGACUAUGAAAAUGUUUCUGGUUUCUCAAAAACACAUUGUUUAUACUGAGCCACUUGAAAUACAUGCUGGAACCACUGUUGAUGUGCUUUACAAUCCUUCUAAUACAGUGCUAACUGGAAAGCCGGAGGUUUGGUUUCAAUGUUCCUUUAACCGUUGGAUGCAUCCAGGUGGUGUGUUGCCACCUCAGAAGAUGGUAACAGUAGGAAAUGGUGCACACUUAAAAGCAACAGUUAAUGUGCCACGAGAUGCCUAUAUGAUGGAUUUUGUUUUCUCGGAGUUAGAAGGUGAUGGAAUUUAUGACAACAGGAAUGGGUUGGACUAUCAUAUUCCUGUUUUUGGUUCUGUUGCAAAGGAGCCUCCUAUGCACAUAGUCCACAUUGCUGUUGAGAUGGCUCCCAUUGCAAAGGUUGGAGGUCUUGCUGAUGUUGUUACUAGUCUUUCACGUGCUGUCCAGGAUUUAGGACACAAUGUUGAGGUUAUUCUUCCAAAGCACGGCUGCUUGAAUCUAAGCAAUGUGAAGAAUUUACACGUGCAUCAAAGUUUUUCUUUUGGUGGUUCUGAAAUAGAAGUAUGGCGUGGACUAGUCGAAGACCUCUGUGUUUACUUCUUGGAACCUAAAAAUGGGAUAUUUGGAGUCGGGUGUGUAUAUGGAAGGAAUGAUGACCGUCGAUUUGGCUUCUUCUGUCAUUCUGCUCUAGAGUUUCUCCUCCAGAGUGGAUCUUCUCCACAUAUACUACAUUGCCAUGAUUGGUCAAGUGCUCCUGUUGCCUGGCUAUACAAGGAAAACUACGCACAAUCCAGUUUGGCAAAUGCAAGAGUUGUAUUUACCAUCCAUAAUCUUGAAUUUGGAGCACAUUAUAUUGGGAAAGCAAUGAGAUAUUGUGAUAAGGCCACAACUGUUUCUAAUUCGUACUCAAGGGAAGUAUCAGGUCAUGGUGCCAUCACUCCUCAUCUUGGAAAAUUCUAUGGUAUUCUCAACGGGAUUGAUCCAGAUAUUUGGGAUCCGUACAACGACAAAUUUAUCCCGGUCCAUUACACUUCUGAGAAUGUUGUUGAAGGCAAGAUCGCUGCAAAGAAAGCCUUGCAAAAGAAGCUUGGGUUACAGGAAAACGAUGUGCCCAUCGUUGGAAUAGUCACUCGCUUGACAGCUCAGAAGGGAAUACACCUCAUCAAGCAUGCAGUUCAUCGGACACUUGAAUGGAACGGACAGGUAGUUUUGCUCGGUUCAGCCCCAGACCCUCGAAUCCAAGGUGACUUUGUUAACUUUGCAAAUGCUCUCCAUGGUGUAAACAAUGGCCGAGUGAGACUCUGUUUAACCUACGACGAACCUCUUUCACAUCUGAUAUACGCCGGCUCUGAUUUCAUUCUGGUUCCAUCUAUGUUUGAGCCUUGUGGGUUAACUCAGCUGGUUGCUAUGCGUUAUGGAGCCAUCCCUAUUGUCCGGAAAACUGGAGGUCUCUACGACACUGUCUUUGACGUGGACACUGACAAGGAACGGGCCCGGGCACGAGGCCUUGAGCCGAACGGGUUCAACUUCGACGGAGCUGACAGCCGUGGUGUUGACUACGCCCUUAACAGGGCGAUCUCAGCUUGGUUUGACGCCCGGUGGUGGUUCCACUCCCUCUGCAAGAGGGUCAUGGAGCAAGACUGGUCGUGGAACCGGUCUGCCCUGGACUACAUCGAGCUUUACCAUUCGGCGUCCAAAUUUUGAGAAACUAACCAAUGAUGCUUGUUGUCGAAUGCAACCAUCCACGUUUUGCAGGCUCCUGGGCUGGGCAUUGCUGUACAGAAACAUCGCCCACCCAAGAGAGGCAGACAUAGUUCGUUUCAGAAUAAUGGUCCUUCGAGCAUGUAUGUUUGUUUCCUCCACUUCAACCCUCUCUACUCUUUCCUAGUACCUAUACUUGUCCCUUUGAGAAGUCUUCCAGAGCCUCCCAUGUGGCAGUCCUUCAGAGACAUGAUUUGUGACAAUCUUAUAGGAAAUGGAAGGUGUAAUUCGUUGCAUGAA